CUGCAUCUCCCUUUGCUCUAUCUUCCUUGAUUCGAAUUUGUAUAUUUGUGCAAAUAUAUCUGCACAAAUUUUCGUUAGACAGGUUACGAUUUGUCUGCGCAGAUAUUUGCUAAAGAUGGUGAGUUCCGAAGAUGAUCUAGGAAAACAAAUGACGGUAGACAACUCGUGAAACUGAUUGGUGAAUUUUGCUAAACGUCAACAGAAGUUUUGCUUGUCUGCUGUGACAGCGGCAUCACAACAAACGGUUGUGUGCUUGACAGUUAGGAGCAAGAAGAUGCCGAAUGAGGUCGAGGAAGAUAUAUUUGCAAAUUCAGCCAAGAAUGUGUUCGGUGAUGACACAUCCUGUUGCUACGAUCUGCCUCCAGAUCUGGAAGACUUGUUGCUUUUUGGCAACAAUGUGAAUCUUCUUGAUGAAAUUGCCGCACUUGCACAAAUAAGCGAAGAGGAGAUAGAAAGUUUGGCAUCAGGUGCAGAUAAACAGAUUUCACCGCUUUCCCAAGCAUCGGAUACUGGAGACUCGAAUGGUGACAAUCAGAAACAAAAGCCUGUUCCCUGUCCUUUAUGCUCUAGACCUUUUUUAAACAGAAGUAGUUUGACUUAUCAUAUUCGCACUCACCUCGGAGUGCACCCAUUCCAGUGCAGAUACUGCUCCAAAGGCUUUGUGCGCAGAGAUACUAUGCUAGUGCAUGAGACAGAGCACACAGGCAUGAAACCAUUUGUUUGUGAUUCGUGCAAUAAAUCUUUUCCAACCAUGGCUGUGCUCAGGAAGCAUGCUGCUACACAUGCAGGGAAGAAACCUCACAGCUGUGAUGUUUGCCACAAGAAUUUCAGCUCAAGAGGUAACCUGAAUCAGCACAUGAAAAAACACACGGCUGUUAGGCCAUUUUCUUGUGAACAAUGUUCAAGAAGUUUUGUAUUUAGGGGUGACCUGCACGUUCAUCUCAAAAUGCAUGCUGGAAUCAGGCCACACAAAUGUAACUACUGUUUAAAGACAUUCAGCAGCAAAGGUAACCUCAACCAACAUCUUAAGAUGCAUUCGGAUUCAACAUCUUAUGUUUGCACUACAUGUUCCAAGGUCUUCACCAUAAGAUCAUGUUUUGAGGAGCAUAUGAAAGGUCAUGCAGCUGUUAAAACUGAAGAAAAAUGUACAAAAGAUUGUGCUGCUGUGAGUCAAGAGGAACAUACAAAAGAUAAGACUGAAUAAACAUUCACAUAUAUUUCCAAAAUGUAAUUUGUCAUUGUUUCGAUAUAUGGGAGAUUUGUGUAAGGCUGACUAUUCUGAUUAUGAAUAACUUGGUGUUAUAUACUACUUUUCUAAAUGUCAGUAGUCUUAGUAUAUCUGUGAACAUUUGGUUGUGAUUUAGUAUAUAAGCUUGCUUUUAUUUAUCUACUGCUGUGGAGACCAUGACAGUUUUCAAAACUUGAUGCCAAAUGUAUCAUGGCAGUAUGACAGACUUUCAAGGUAGUGUGGAGUCUAACAAACUGCUUGUUUCUUAAAUUAAAAUUAUUUACUUAAUGGGAAGUUAUAUGGGUUGGGAAAGGGGAAGAUGACAGAUGUUGUCAUAAAUAUGCAGUGUCACUAAAUUUUACGUCUCCAGUUGCUACAUGGCUCUUUUCUUCAAAGAUCAGUUAUGAUGUGUUGUCUCAAUCACUAUGUAUUACUCACUAUUCCUUUUGCUUCUUGGUUUCAUGUGAACUUAGAUUUAUUUUAUUAAAUUUUUGUUCUGUAUUUUCUAAAAUUAUAAACAAAACAAAGUUCAAAGUGCCACAUUGGAAGGAUCUGUCAUGGUAAUGUGGCCCUCAUUAUCCUAAUAUGUGCAAUAUGAUCAUUUUUGCUCAAAAAUGGUCUAAAGUAAUUCAUAAGAUUUCUUGCAUUUAACCAUGCACUUCUGCAUGGCUUAAAGGCAGAAUUCUCUUCAUCUUUCCUGACAGAUCUUCAUGUGAGGCAGCAAAAUUUCCAUAAUGAGUAAUUCUGUGGGCUAUUUCCCUAUUUCUGAUGUCAAACUUGGGCUAAAUGUUAAUGCGGAAUGAGUUUCCCUGUGAAAUUGUCAGACAGGGUUGCCCGGUUAAGUUUUCAUUAAGAAUGAAGUUUGUGGGCAGCUUGAUAAUCAGGACAAAUUUUUUGUUUUUGUGUUUAACAUGAUGUAGUUAAGUUAUUUAUUAUAAACCAUCAUAAAUUUAAGUCUCAAAAUUUCUGUCUUAGGUUGAUGGAGGUACAGCAUGGCAGCAUUACAAAAUGCAUUUUGCUUCCUUAAAUCAGACUAGCAAAUACAAAACUGUCUAAUUCUUUUCUCUUUGAUGUGUAAUUAUACAUGUGUACUGUGUCAUCAAUAUGUGAACAGUACAUGUAGGAGCAAUGUUAUUUCACUGGUAUCAUACUACCUUUGUAGUAAUGGGAUGGGACAUUUUGAUGUUACGUCACAGCUUUUUUGCGUCCAUGGUACUGGUCCAUCAGUUGGGAUGAAUGAAGUGUAAGUAUGUAGCUAAAUGUAUUUAAAAUGUGCCUAAAUGCUGUCUACUAAAAUUCCAUAGCACAAAGUAUUAUUAGGCACACUAGAUAUGUUUUCUUAUCUGUAAAAGAGGUGCUUGAUUCCUUUUAUUAUAUUCCAUAAUUUGUUGUGUGUAUAAUAUAGAUAUUAUAAACCUAUGGUUGUGCAAUUUUCUAGGGCUUAAUUCUGUUGGGUAAAAGUGAGGAAUUGUGGUUGUUGAGGGGAAAAACAGAAAAGGGGGCAGGAGAGAGAGAGAGAGAGAGAGAGAGAGAGAGAGAGAGAGAGAGAGAGAGAGAGUACUAUAAUGUUAUCUUGCCAGAAGAUAUGUUAACUUUAUAAACUGUCUUCCCAUGAUGUUAAAUUUAUGAAGCAUUCACGAAUCUGUGUUCUUGACACUAUUUGCUUGACACAUAUUCUGGUGAAAGGAGAUACUUACUUUGGCCAAAAUGUCAUUUCAUUUACAGUGAACAUCAAAGGCAGUUUUUUUUAAUCACUUUGAUGCUGGAAUUAGGAGCACAAAGGAGAAUAAUACUGUGUUUUGGUGAGUUUUAUUAUAUAAAUGUUACUGUGUAUCCACUUCAAAUUUUAUGACAGUUAUUAAUGUUUUGGUUUGGUAGUUUCAAGUUGGAGUAAUAUGUCAUAUGAGCAAUUGUGAAUACAUGGAUGAGAAAGCCAUUCAUUCUAGUCAUUAGAGUAUGACAGUACAAAAUAUAUGGUCUGUUUCCUAUGUAACUGUAAGAAGCAAUGAAAAUGUAUUUAUUUAUUUAUUUUGUGACCACUGGAGAAACUGCUAAAAUGAUCUACAUAGAUUUACUGUGUUGCACAGUUUUUUCUGGAAUCUUUUGGGAUGAUGUUCAAAACCUUGAUUGACUACAAAAGUUUAUUUGCAUGGGGUGUUACCUGUAUACAAACAUUCCUUCAUUGAGUGUGUUGAUAAAUACAAUAUUAAUAUUUGUACUUUGGUUGUCCUGGGAUCAGUUUGUAAAACAAUGUGAAUGUCAAGUUAUCCAGAAACAAACUGAAACAGCAUAUAACCAUUUGAUAAAAAUCAGUGAUGUGUGUUAUAUAUAGUAUGCCUAAAAGGUACUAUUCAUACUACAUUCCAAAUUAUGUCUGGAGCUAUAGGAGAAUAUUACUCUAUGUGAUUAACAUCUAUAUAUACUUGACCUCUGUACUGACUCAAUGAAACUAUAUUACAUGUUUCUGAAUGUGGAUGUCUUUUCUUCAUUACACCAUAGUUAAUCUAAGAAUUGUGCCCUUCUUUACAUAAUGUUUUUUAGUUAAUUUUAACCAUGGAAUUUAUUUAUUUAUUGCAUUUUAACUAUGUGUGUGUUUGUUAGCAAAGUAUUUAAUUAUUUCAUGUGAAUAAAAUGAGGAGAUAAUUUAUGUAGUUCUCUGAAUUUGUUUACACAAGACUGUUUUGGGGGCAAAGUUAAAAACUCCUGAUGGCGUCCUCCUGCAGCUUCAUUAAUUUAUGUAUGUGAAUAGGGCUGAAUUUGCCUGUCGCACAUGACAGUGAGUGUUAACCAUUAACUGUAACCUAACAUAACCAUAGUUAACAAUGUAUCUGCAUUUUGCCAAACAAUAGAAAAUCCAGGAUGGAAUGUAACAAUAUUAGAAAGCGAAAGUUGCUACAAAGAAGAGCCCUGCCAAUGUGGAGGAAAACAAACGAUGACACCUGUUGACCUGUCCAUCGUUGCUGGCCCCAUGCACUUUCCAAGACCUGUGGUUGGCCAAUGAUGCUCUAGUGAAGCAUGCUGAACACUGGAGACAGAUAUGAGCCUCCUAUACACAAUAGUGACAACUUACAAUAUGUGAAGAUCAUGAAUGUAUACAUAAAUGUAUAACUAUUAUUUAAUUAUAUUUGUGACCUAGUAUAUAUAGCCUAUUAAUUAAUUACAGAUUUAGCUCAUACAUGUUUUUUUUUUUUUAAAAAAAAAGAAACAAACUCUGGAAUUUAUUUGCUAACUGAGAAUUUCUCAACAUUAGCUGUAUUAGGUGUAAAUCUACUACCAACAGUGGCACUUGAACAGGUUAUCCUUUGAUCUUCCCAUUUGACACCCAAGUCUAUUUAGACUCUUCCAGACUUGACAUUUCAAUAGUGAUCCAGCAGGGAGUUUUUCUUUAAUGUUCCAACUUUUCAGACUUUAUCCAAUUUUUGUUUCCACAUUGAUUCUCUGGUUGUAGAUUGACUUUCGUUUAGUGGACAUUCAACUUUUAUGAAAUCUUUCAUAGAUUUAAGUCUUGCCACCACUGGCUGAUGUGUGUACAGGGGAUGUUUUCUAUUUUUGCACUGCCUACUUCAUUUGGCCAUUGCCAACGUUUUCCAUCUGAUCUGUGGGAGGGCUAUUCCAGAACACAUACAAAGUAGAUCACGGUUUGUAGGUUUCAGGCAUCCUGUAAUUAAUUGACAAGAGUCAUUCAGUGCUGCAUCUAGCUUCUGGGCAUGUGUCGUUCUUCUCCAUACAUGCAUAUUCAGCUGGAUCAAAGCACAAUGCCAGGGUGAUUCAUGUAGAAUUUCAGGAUUUGCUCCCCAGUGUGAGUUGGUAAGUUUGCGGAUUAUACCAUUCCAUGUGUUGGCUUUCAGUCUAGUUCUUUCUACAUAUUACUUGUAAGACAAUGUUCCAUCUCAUUUGAUUCCAAGGUAAAAUGGGUUUGGCCAGUGUUUAAGGUUCCAUUCCAGUUGUAAUUACCUGUUUGCUUUCUUAUUGUUCAGAUGAAAUAAAGAAGUCUGCAUCUUUGCUGGAUUCGGUUGCAGUUGGUUCCCAUUGUAAUAUUCAGUUAGUACUUCUAAGGCAUCUACUUGGUUUCUCUCAAUCUGUUUGAUUGAUCUGGAGUGGCAGGGGCAAUGGCAACAUCAUCAGCAUAGAUAAAACUUCUUGUUGUUGGUCAUUUGUUUACAGAUUGAAAAGUAGAGGGGACAAAACACCACCUUGUGGGAGCCCAUUCUUCUGGUCCCUCCAUCAGUGACCUCACAACUUCAGUAAGAUGGUAGUUUCCAGUUAUUUUGAAAAAUUUUCCCAGGAGAAUUUUGUGGUUUAUUGUGUCAUAUGCUGCUAAUAAGUGGACAAGCACCACACCAGUUUUUCUCCCUUCUCAAAAGCGUCCUUUGUGAUUGUGUUAGGCAGAGGACCUGUCCAGUGCAAGACUUACCGGGUCUGAAUCCUGCUUGUUGUGGAAUGAUUUGGCUAUCUACUCUAUUCAAGAUAAGACAUUCAUAUAGUUUGAAAGGGCAACACAGCAGUGUUAUUGGAUGAUAGUUCUUGGCUUCAUCUCUUGAUUUACCUGGCUUUGGGAUAGCUACUACCUUGACCUUCAACCGUAGCUUAGGUACUGUCUUGUUAGACCAGCAGAAAUUAUGAAGUUGUAAGAGCCAUUCCUCAGCUAUGGGCCCUAAGCUAUGUAUAAAUUCAUUAAUGAUAUCAUGGGACCUGCGAUCUUCCUGGGUUUCAAGGAACUGAUUGCAGCUUCCACAAUUCUGUUGAUGUGAAGUAUGGUUCAGGUGGUUUUUCAGCCACUUGUGACCUCUUAUAUGAGAUGACAGUCUUGCUGUUCUUCGUCGCUUUACCAUUCAAAACGAGCUGAUGUGCGAUUUGAUUAGCUGUCAUGGAAACCUGAUCCUUGGGGGCUGUUGGUUUGCUAGACAAUUGUUUCAUGAGGUUCCAAGCUCUUCUGCUAUUGUGCUUCAUGUCAAGACUCUCCAACCUAUGUUUCCAGAACUCUUGUUGGUCUUUCUUAUAGUUUCAAUCAGCUGAUCCCAAAGUUCUAUGGUUUCUUUGCUGAAAGGGUCCUGGCUGUACUGAUCCAGGUAUUCGUUAUAUAUUUGUUUCAUAUCCAGGAAUGUGGGCUAAUACUUCCAUAUGUUCCUGAAAAAUUCCUUGUUCCAGUAUAGAAACUGAACAAUGCUGACUCCAAUAAUGCCAUAUCAUGUCCCCUACUCUACGAAACCUCUAUUGUUAAGGCUUCAGUCUCUUCCUACCUAAGAGGUCCAAAGUUGCUACCGACAGGAGUCCCGUUUUUCCACUAAAAGUGUAUGCUCUGUUUUGUUAACUAUGUCUGCCAAGCAACACUUCAUCUUUCAUUUGCUUUUGCAGUUUUCUGUUUUACUGGGAAUAUACUCUGGCUGUUGAGAAAUUCCCAUUAAGUGAAUGCUUACUGUGAUGCUGUUCACUUUUAUUUCUGCUUCAAUAGUCCCAUGCCUGAUGGUCCACCACUCCACUUUCAUAACAAUCCAGUUGGUGGCAUUGUUUCUGAAUGUUGUACACUUGUAUGCACCUAAAACUUUUUACUCCUGAGGAAAAUACGUUCUGCUUAUGCUGUUUUAAGUUGCUAUUUCCACCUCCUUCAUAUGCAUAGUGAUCUAUGGGCAGCAAACAAAUUCUUCAAAUUUUACGUCUGUGCUCUUGACAUAUCAGGUGGAAGCCCUCUCAAAAAUGCACCAAACACCUUGUGCUCUGCCCCUUGCAGAACAGUUUUCUCCAUUUGUUCAUUCUCGUAGGUCUUUGCACUGAUUUUCCUGAUUCUACCUAAGAAUGCUUUCACCAACUUGUUUCACUUCUGGGGUGUCUCAGUAAGUUGUUCCCUGAGGAAUCCAGCCUGUCUUGCUUGCGGCAAUGCUAAUAAUCCCUUAUUAAGUUGUUCAAACGUUCACACUUAUUCACCCCCCCCCCCCCCCCCCCCACUGCCAUGAUAUAUGAUGCACAUCUUUGCAUCCCCCAAAUUAGCCACAUGCAAACAUAUCUUGUUUGGCCAGUUACCCAGACUAACAGCAGCUUCCAUAUUGUCAAUAAACACUGAUGCAUCCUCAAUUACUUGCCCAAAAAAACAGACAGUAGGUGAAUUGCAAUAAGAUCCACAGAAGGAACUGGUAUACUGACUGAAGCUUUUGCCUCCAUCACUGACUUGCUGAGCUCACUUUCUGCCCUGAAAGUGUUACAUGCCUUUGUAAUGCAGCAUUCUUCCCAUGCAGUUUGGCCAUCUGUUUCGUCAAAAUUUUGACCACAUUCUGCACAAUCACUGCAUACAUUUCUGGCAUUUGUCCAACCUCUAUCUUACAAUAAAAUUUAAUACAAUAUGCUUCAAGUGCACUACAAAGCAAUGAAAUCCAUCAUAAAAAACUUGGACAGAGGUACAAAGGUGUAGCCACUACGUAGCUCCAUUUUAUUAAUGACAGACUCAUUCCUAUUCUUAAUGUUCAACUUUAUUCUGAAGCAAUGAGCCAGACAUUAACAUGGAACGUCUAAGACAAAACAAACAAAAAGCAAAGAGUAAAUGAUUAUGUGCACACUAGAGUCUUUGCCACUGCUCCUGUACUGUGCACAUGCAACUAUUCAUCUGUGUGUUCCCACACAGCCCUCUCCCUGAAGAGUGGAACUCGAGGAAUGUGUGGAAACUUGUACUGGACCCUUUGCCUGGCUCUUGUGCAAAUUUCCGGCUGUACUUCCUCCAUCGUUGUAUCCUCUCAUGACUUCAUCUGGCUCACUGUCCUAGCAAUGAGACCGUGAGCACUGAUGCACCAAAUGCCCAUAAUAUUGCCAUGUGUCAUUCAUAGCUUGCAUAGCCUGCAUUCAAGGUCAUUCAUGUCCUGUUAAGUUACCAUAUUGGCACCUAACUGGCUGGAGGUAGUACUCUCUCAGAUUACCCCUAAACUAUAUCAGGUCCCCAGGUUCCUCUGGUGUCUCAAACUGUACCCAGAAAUACCAGUGCACAUCAGUCCUAUACACACAUCAGUCCUAUACACAAUGUCUGUGUGUAAGAACAACACGACAAAGGCCUCAAAAAUAUAAAGGUCACUUACCAUACUUUUAGAGCUCAGUGAGGUCACAGUCAGUUUGCCUUUCUGACAAAUGACAGCAGAUGACAUUGCAGAAGGUACUUCUGAUACCAAAUUCACAGGUGAUGAAUGUGGCCUCCACUAUGGUAGAGGAAACGACUAUAUGAGGGUUAGGAAGUAAUGUCUGUUCCUUGAUCGACAUGUGGGUUAAGAGUGGGGGCUGUGACUGAAAGCAAGUGGAGGACCAGUAGUAGGAUAUCCCUGGUUGAAUUAGACAUUUACACUAGUUACGUACAUAGGUAUGAUCACUGCUAGAGGGAAGGUCAUUGACUAUUGGGGGGAUGUAGUGGCUCACAGAGCUCAACGAGCAGUCAUCAGCAGGUAUGCUACUGACUGCAGCAGGUGACACAAACUCCACAUGGGACAGCAGCAUGCCAUUUCUACUGCAGUCAGUAGGACACCUGUAACUGGCAGUGACAAUGUGUUGCAGCUGAUGUAGGAUAGUCCCAUCCAGAAAUGUGGCCUUCAUUGGGACACAGUACCUCAUGGAAGGAUGUGAUACUCAAACUAUAGUCCCCCAUCAUGACCGAUGUUAAAGGCAUGUGCCCACCCUAGGUGGUGAUUGGUGUUGAUGGGAGCCUUUGGGAACUUGUGCAUUGUGACAGAAAGAUUGUGCAGCCCCGAUCUUGGACUCUGCUGCCAGCAGAGGAAGACUCAGGAAUGUGAAGAAAUUGAUUCAUAUGCAUACAGUCACGAGCAUAAGUGGUUGCCAGCCACUACUGGAGAUGAGAUUCUUGGUUGAUGACUUCAUCUAGCAGUGCAGUUGGUGGAUGGCAUCAUGUAGACACCCCAAAUUGGUCAUGUACAGAAAAAAUAGGUGAGCAUCUGAGAACUAGGUACAUCUGAGCACAUUUGAGGAUGCAGUUCUGAUUUGGGGUACAUGUAUGAGAGUCUUUUUGGCAGUAGUUCUCCAGUGUUUCUACCCACACUUCAAAAUAGACAACAAACUGUAGCAGCCAUGUGUUGCCAUUUGGUGGCGAUAACUUCAUUUGUGUGGCUCUUUUUGUUUAGUCAGCUCUUGAAGGAGCCUAGCCUGAGCUAUAGUGUCGCCCAGCUUCGCCAUUCAGAGGUGCUGGCUAGUUCCUUCCACUUUGCCAGCUCUUGUUCUAAGAAUACAUCUUAUUACUUCAUAGUGUGUGGGCACCACAGUUCAUCAUCUCUCUUGCUAUGACAUUAUUUGGCUGCAUUGGUGCCAGGCAUUUUAAUGCUCCAGAAUAGGGCAUGGCACAAUAAUAUUCUCUCACAGACCUAUAAACAUGUAUUUUAUGCAAAUUUUGGUACUUCAGCAAUUUACUGAAGCAAAGAAAACAUCGGCAAACAGAGUAUGGUUUCACGAGUUGCAACCAUUGCAGCAAAGUUCACAGUGAUCAAGGAAAGAUUUCUUUUGUAUUUGAUUCAGUUUUCAAUUAAAUUUGUACAACAAGAAACUAACUAUGGUUUAUAAACUAACUAUGGUUUAUGAUGACCAUCUCCAAAACCUGAGUAAACACAAUUUUCCAACCACAUAGUCACCAUAUGUAAAUAUGGCAUAGCCAGAAAGUAAUAAACCAAAAAUACUUCAUCAGUUUAUGUGAAAAUGUGAGCACCACAUACAAACUUCAAAACAGGCCUGCUGAUUCUAUACAUCUGAGAGACUCUCUUCUGAUACAUUGUGUGGCAGUACAUCAGAAGGAGAGAGAUAGAGACAGAGACAGAGACAGAGAGAGAGAGAGAGAGAGAGAGAGAGAGAGAGAGAGAGAGAGAGAGAGAGAAGUAUAAUUUUCACUUUGCCAUGACUGCAGUGGUGAGAACUCCUCCACACCAAAUCUGGAAUAUGAAGCUAUGAGUAUCAAUAGUAUAACUAGACAACUUUAAAACAAGUGUGGUUAACACUCACCUUGAUUCUGUGUGGUUCAUACCUGGGCAUCAUGUGUAUGGUGCCAUACCAGCUUCUGCCCGAUCAGUAUAAGCUUGUCUUAAUCCCAUUGGGUCAAUUUUGUAAUGAAAAUACAUAUCAGAUACAAAAAAGUUUUUUUAUUAGAUGGUGGCUAAGACCAAAACCAUUUGAACAAUAAAGUUUUUAAUGCAAUGCAGAGGUUUUUCUUGAAACAGGGUUACAUUCUAGUACAUAACGAUUUACCUUUCCUGUUAUUUUUCUCUAAAAUCAUGGCAGGUAAAUGCUAAAAUUGUUCCUAUCAGUAAACUAUGGUUGACAGCCCUUUUCCAAUUUUGGUUUUGAUCUGUCUCUAAUGAUCUCAUUGUCAGUGGUGCUACAAACCUCAAUCAUACCUCCUUUUUUUUAUUCAAGUGUAAUUAUCCAUUUUUGCUUUGUUAUUUAAAUGAAGAGUGAGCAAAUACCAUAAAUUAAAAGGGAUUUUGAUGCAUUACUUGAAAUACAUAAAUCAAGAUAGCCACACACUAAAGCUUUUUUUUCAAAAUGGAACUGGUUUUUUGGGUAUUUUGAGAGUCAUGGCUAUCUUGUUUUGUGUGACUUGUUACAUUUUUUUGCUUCUUCCAGAUUGACAAAUUGUUUCUGCACAAAAUAAGGCGGGCAGGGGGGAUGGGGGGGGGGGGGGGAUCUAAUGUAUAGACUGUCAAAGUACAAAUUGUAGACAUUAAAAUAAAUGCAGUUUUUGAUAAAAAUGUCAUGUGGUAUUAGCAUUUCUCCAUGGUCACCUAUACUGUGUGUGUUUUCCAUGUAGUCAUUUGUCAUAUGUGUCUAUUAUAAACAUAAAUGAUUGUGUGCAGCUAUGUAUACUUUAUUAUGUAUAAUGCAUGUCUGUAAAUCGAUGUAUUGCUCAUAUACUAAAAUAAAUGUUUCAUA